GGGCUGCGGCUCCCGGCAGCGAGCGGGCAGACUAGAACCAGCUGCACGACGUUACACUGUACCAUGCUUCGCCAUGUCCUAGGAAAAGCCUUUCGGUUUCUUGGGUAUACUGUGCAAUAUGGCUGCAUAGCACAUUGUGCCUUUGAGUACCUUGGAGGAGUUGUUGUGUGUUCUGGACCUUCAAUGGAACCAACCAUUCAAAAUUCUGAUAUUGUCUUUUCGGAGAACCUUAGCCGCCACUUUUAUUGCAUUCGAAAAGGAGAUAUUGUAAUUGUGAAAAGCCCAAAUGACCCCAAAUCAAAUAUCUGUAAAAGAGUAAUUGGCUUGGAAGGGGAUAAAGUCUGCACAAGCAACCCUUCAGAUUUCCUUAAGAGUCACAGCUAUGUGCCUAAAGGACAUGUUUGGCUAGAGGGUGACAAUCUCAGGAAUUCUACAGAUUCCAGGUGCUACGGACCUGUUCCUUAUGGACUGAUAAGAGGACGGAUUUGCUUUAAGAUCUGGCCUCUGAAUGACUUUGGAUUUCUACGUGCAAGCCCCAAUGGCCACAGAUUUCUUGAUGAUUAAAAAAUUUAAGUGACUAUUGCCAGCUUCAUAGUAUUUUCUACCAAAAUGAAUGGAACUAUUUUUGUUUAGAAUAAACACAAGUAUUACUUGACAAA